AUGACGCUCGUUAGCACGUCGCCCCUGCGCUGGGGGCCGCCGCCACUGUCACCGCCGCCAAUGGCAGAUGCACCCAAUGGCGCCGCUCCACUCCAGAGCAGCCGGAACCUCUGGCCCAGCGUGUUAAAGUGCGGAGUGAACCUGCACAACGGCACGAGUAAAGUGCUGACGUCCUCCUGCGGAGCGUGCGCCCCGGUUCCUGCUGUGUCAUCAGGAACAGCGACCCAAAUCUGCUCCGCUGUACAAACAGGGACCCGCCGGCUCACCUGCAGCCCCGCCGCACCGCGCGGCGACGAGCGCUCGCUCCGCUGCAGGGGCAUUCAGCUCAGGGCAGCCACCGCAGCAGUCACAGCAAAGUCACAGAGCACCACUCCUCCAGAGACACGCUCUACCUAUCUGUGGAAGCUGUUGAGGGUGAUUUGGCGCAGGGGUCAAGUGGCAGGCCAAUGGAGAUGUGCAGAGGGUGUGUGGAUCCCGAAGGAAGAGGACUCAAAGGACAUCAGUCAGUUUAGGACGAUCUCGUUGCUAAGCAUCGAAGGCAAGAUUUUCUUCAGCGUCUUGUCACGACGACUAAGUGAGUUCCUUCUGAAGAACAGUUAUAUUGACACCUCUAUUCAGAACGGAUCGGGCACAUCAGACUGGCAUCGACUUGAGAAGGGCAUAAUAACAGGCUGCACAAUCUCAGUCAUCCUGUUCGCACUCGCCAUGAACAUGAUCGUCAAGUCAGCAGAGUUGGAGUGCAGGGGACCCCUGACAAAAUCUGGAGUACGCCCCCCUAUAAGAGCGUUCAUGGAUGACCUGACUGUCACCACCACAUCUGUCCCGGGCUGCAGAUGGAUUCUGCAAGGGCUAGAGAAGCUCAUCACAUGGGCAAGGAUGAGCUUUAAGCCAGCAAAAUCAAGAUCUCUGGUGCUCAAGAAGGGAAAGGUGACAGACAGGUACCGCUUCUCUCUGGCUGGAGCCACCAUCCCAUCCAUUACCGAACAGCCAGUCAAGAGUCUUGGAAAGUUCUUUGAUUGCAGCCUCAAAGACUCGUCAUCCAUCCAGAGAACCAGCAAGGAGCUAGAGGGCUGGUUGAGAUGCGUCGACAGAUCUGGCUUGCCAGGGAGAUUCAAGGCCUGGAUUUACCAGCAUUCCAUCCUGCCCCGCAUCCUGUGGCCUCUGCUAGUAUACGCAGUACCCAUUACAACUGUAGAGGCCAUGGAGAGAAAGAUAAGCAGCCACUUGCGAAGAUGGCUUGGCCUACCCCAAAGUCUGAGCAGUGCUGCCCUGUACGGCAGUAGCAACACCUUGAAGCUUCCAUUCAGUGGACUCACUGAAGAGUUCAUGGUGACUAGAACUCGAGAAGCCCUGCAGUACAGGGAAUCCAGGGAUGAAAAGGUGGCAUCGGCUGGCAUCCAGGUGCGAACAGGCCGGAAAUGGAGGGCAGUCGAGGCUCUGGAAGUGGCAGAGUCGCGACUGAGGCAGAAGGUACUGGUGGGGUCCAUAGCCUCAGGACGCGCAGGUAUUGGCUAUUUCCCAUCAACCAGGGUGGACAAGGCCCAGGGAAAACAGCGGCAACAUCUCAUCCAGCAGGAAGUGCGGGCAGGCGUGGAGGAAGAACGAGCCAGCAGGAUGGUGGGUAUGGGACAACAGGGAGCUUGGACUAAAUGGGAGAAUGUUCUGCAACGGAAGAUCACCUGGCCCAACAUCUGGAGAGCAGACUCACUUAACAUCAGGUUCCUAGUCCAAGCUGUUUAUGAUGUCCUGCCCAGUCCAUCCAACCUCCAUGUCUGGGGCAAAGCAGAGACACCAUCCUGCCUCCAGUGUCCAGGAAGGGGAUCCCUGGAACACCUCCUCAGUAGCUGCCCUAAAGCCCUUGGAGAGGGGCGCUACCGCUGGCGCCACGACCAGGUGCUGAAGGCGGUUGCUGAGAGUAUAGCCAAGGCCAUUACUACCACCAAGAACUACAGCAAGCCUCAGUCAAUCAGAUUCCACAGAGCUGGAGAGAAGCCCACUAUCCAAGCGAGGGCCAGGUCAGGUCUCCUCACUACCGCCACAGACUGGCAGCUAGAAGUGGACCUGGGCAAACAGCUGAAGAUCCCAGCAAGAAUAACAACAACACGGCUCCGACCAGAUAUGAUCAUUGUUUCUGAUUCCACCAAACAAUUGAUCAUUCUGGAACUGACAGUGCCCUGGGAAGAACGCAUGGAGGAGGCUAAUGAGCGGAAGCGUGCCAAGUACCAGGAGCUGGUGGAGGAGUGUAGGAGCCAAGGCUGGAGGACUUACUGUGAACCCCUGGAGGUGGGAUGCCGAGGAUUUGCAGGGCGGUCCCUCUGCAAAGUCCUCACCAUGCUGGGCCUCACCGGUGAGGCAAAGAGGAAGGCCAUCAGAUCUGCAACUGAAGCCACAGAAAGAGCCACAAGAUGGCUUUGGAUCAAGAGGGCUGAUCCGUGGAAGAAUGCUGCUGGGACACAGGCCGGAGUCUGAUCAACUCUGGUCGGGUCGCCUGGGCGAGGGUGUCUGAUGUUGAAAGACCCGAAACACCCAGUGACCCCAGGUUACAUCACUGAUGAUGUG